CCCCCCCACUUGUCAAACUGGCGACGCCACUGAAACUCGCUCUCUGCCAGUGGCGUACGGCAGACGAUAAUGGGGGGGGGGGGCACAUAUUCAUAUAUUCAUGUUAACAGAACCUGUAAAGAAAAUGGAUUUGAAAACAAUCAAACUUUAUGAACCUGGACCUGGUACAUUGAUUGAUAUGAACGAGCUUAAUUGAAAUAAAACAGAACCAAUGUGUGCUUAUUUGCUGAUUUUAGUAACUAAACAAACGUCCAAUAACGCAGAAGAAAUCCGAUUUCCUUACUGUUCUUAAUAAAUCUCGAAAUCCAAUCUAUAUAAUCUUCUUCAGAACAAAACUAAUCUGUAAUCCUAAAUCCAAAGCCUGUGAUUAAUUAACAAAAUGGCGGAGUCGCGAGGAAAACAACGACAGAAUGAAUCAGAUGCAGAUGAAAAAAUAAAGCUUGCUGUAAAACGGAAGGCUGAAAUAGGCAGCGGUGUAAAUCAUGAAAAAAGCUCGCCAGCGAAAAUGAAGUUUGGGAUCACUUCGAGCAAAGGAUCAACCAGUGGGAUAUCGAUAAAAGUUGGUCAGCUUAAAUCUACAGAGAGCAAUAAACAUAAGGUUGAUAUAAUCUCCAAGCCAAAGAAAGGUUCAGUUGCAGCUGCAUUCAAGGAAGAGAGUGAUGAAGAAGAGGAGAUCCCUAAGGAGGCAAAAAUGCGUAUGCGAAAUCUAGGAAAAGACACAGUAACAUCAUCCGGACCUAACUCUUUCAAUAAAGGAAAGCAAGGAUUCACAAAUUUUAACAAAGUCCGGGAGAAAGAGAUGAAGCUUACAAAACACUAGUGUUUGUUCCCAAAGCAAAGUAUUUGAUAGAGAUGAUGUUCUAUUCUUUAGAGAAGGUUUAUAUACAACUCACAUGCAUCCUAAUAUUUGACAUAUAGGCUGCCUAUGUCACUUAAUAUGAUGUCAUCCAUUACCAACAUCCCCUGUUCAAAAAUGGAAGCAGUUCUGUCCAACAUAAUUGCAUAAGAGGGAUUAGGGAAGGUAGCUUAAUACAGGCAAAAUACGAAUAAAACUAAUUAGAACAUCAAUUAGAACUGUACAUAUUCUCCUUGAUUAUCACCUCUUUUAUUUAAUUAAUUAACACAUUUACAACAUUUCUAAUGGCUGAAUA